AUUAUUUGUUUCAUGAAAAAUAAUUUCAAGUUUUAUACAUUGACAUAGAUAUAACAUUUAUUUAGUUGACUCGCGAUUUACGAUAAGUUGUGGCAAAUAAAAGGAAGACGUAGCGGAAUGUCGCUGGAGCUGGAAUGUCGCAUCAAGCAGGAGCCUGGUCUUGAGCCCGACCACCAGGUUGUCAAUGGCCGAGUACUCGUGAAGCAUGAAUUGGUGGUGUACAUAAAGGAGGAGCCCCAAUGCUCGGCCAGCGAGGGCUCAGUUGUCUCGCUAACUAGCCGUCAGAACAACCUUCCAGUCAAGGAGCUAAUGGCAGGAUCAGGAACCCUACAGCAAUCAGGUGAUGGACUCUGUGCGGACACCAGAGAAGCUAAACCGGAGAUCGCCACAGUUCGCGUCAAGCAAGAGCUGAUCGAUCAGGGGGACUUAAAGCAGGAGAUAUCGCCAGACGUAGUCUAUCAGAUCAAAGUUGAGCGCAUAGACGACGCCGGAGAGGGAUGCCAGCUGGAGAUACCUGUGGAGCAAGGUGGACUGGAUACAAGCCCUGAUGUGAAGGUUUUUGGAACAGAUACAAGCCCUGGUGUGAAGGUCAUUGGAACGGAUACAAGCCCUGGUGUGAAGGUCAUAGGACUGAAUACUAGCCCUGAUAUGAAGGUUGUUGGACCGGAUUCAAGCCCUGGUGUGAAGGUCAUUGAAACGGAUACAAGCCCUGGUGUGAAGCAGGUCAUGAGACCGGAUUCAAGUUCUGGUGUGAGGAUCACUGGAACGGAUACAAACCCUGUGAAGGUCGUGCAACCCACACAGGGGAGCAUGCAGGGAAAGCAGGCCCGCACUCAAUUCAAAGUGCGUGAUAAUUCCGCUGCGAAGGCGUCUCCCGAGCGACGGCAGAAAACAAAAGAAAACGGUGAAGCGUCUACAAAGAAACGAAUAAAAAGGCAACCCGGGCCUCACCUGUGUGACGUAUGUAACAAGGAGUUCAAGAAAGCGAACAAGUUAGUAAUACACAAGCGAACACACACAGGGGAGAGGCCCUACGCCUGCAACAUAUGCCACAAACAGUUCUCGUAUUCGAACGGUUUGAAAGUACACUUAAGAACACACACCGGGGAAAAGCCACACGUGUGCCAAACGUGCAACAAAAGAUUUGGGCAGUGGAGCUCUUUGAAAGCCCACGAAAGAAUUCACACAGGUGAGAAACCAUAUUCAUGCGAAAUCUGUAAAAAAGAAUUUGCGCAACUGAAUAACCUGAACAAACAUCAGCUCGUUCACACUGAAAUAAAGCAAUAUUCGUGCGAAGUAUGUAAAAAAGAGUUCAAAGAUAAUAAUAGUUUAAAAAGACAUGAACCGAUUCACAUAGAUGAAAAACUUUUUCCAUGUGGGAAAUGUAAUAAACACUUUGCAACGGCGCGCCAUUUAAGGGACCAUGAGCGGGCGCACACAAGGAAGAGAAGACGCCAUUCUAGCGGGACGAGUUAACAUGUUGUUAUUAUCCAUCUGUUAUAUGAACAUGGGAGAGAAACCAUUCUUGCAAAAUAUGUAAUUUACAGAGAAAAUAACUAACUUAUGCCAAAGAAGUAGAUGACGAUUGAGAGUAAACACUGAAUAACCGU